AUGACGGCCCCUCCGUGGCGCGGAGCUCUCAUCGGCUCGGCAGCGGUCACCGUGUUGCUGGCGAUGCGCCAGCCGGUGUUCUCGAGAUGGAACCUUCUCUGCACCUUUGCCGGUGUCUUCAUGGUCCAGAUCAUUGCCUGGGGCAUCUUUGUCGUCUUCCUGUUCCCGCAGUACUUCUCCAGUCUUCGCUCGCUCCCCGGGCCCAAGGGCGACCACUGGUUGAUGGGACAGUACCCGAGAAUCAUGCGCGAGCCGACCGGCGUACCCAUGAUUGAAUGGAUCAACACCAUCCCCCACGAGGGCAUCAUCCGCUACCGCGGUCUGUUCAACCAGGAGCGGAUCCUGGUCACGUCGCCCAAGGCCCUGGCCGAGGUGCUCGUCACGCACAACUACGACUUCCGCAAGCCCGGCGCCGUUCGGUCCUCGAUCGGCCGCAUCCUCGGCAUCGGCGUGUUGCUGGCCGAGGGCGACGAGCACAAGCUGCAGCGCAAGAACCUGAUGCCCGCCUUCGCGUUCCGCCACGUCAAGGACCUGUACCCGCUCUUCUGGAGCAAGGCGUGCGAGGGCGUCCAGGCCAUCACCGAGGCCGUCCACGCCGAGGCCGCCAAGGGCCCGCCCGAGGGGCUCACCGACCCCGAAAAGGCGGCCCUGGGCCCCAACACCGCCGUCCUAGAGAUUGGCAGCUGGGCCUCGCGGACCACGCUCGACAUCAUUGGCAUGGCCGGCAUGGGCCGCGACUUUGGCGCCAUCCGCGACCCGUCCAACCCCCUGGCGCAGACCUACCGGCAGGUCUUCAAGCCGAGCCGGCAGGCCCAGAUCCUCGCCCUGCUGGGCAUGAUCCUCCCCGGCCCCGUCGUCCACCACCUGCCCUUCUCGCGCAACGGCGACAUCGCAAAGGCCGCCAACACCAUCCGGGCGACGUGCCGCGAGCUCAUCCGCGAGAAGCAGGAGAAGCGGGAGCGCAAGGAGCUCACCGACGUCGACAUCCUCUCCGUCGCCCUCGAGUCGGGCUGCUUCACCGAGGACAACCUCGUCGACCAGAUGAUGACGUUCCUCGCCGCCGGCCACGAGACCACGGCCGCCGCCAUGAUGUGGGCCGUCUACUGCCUCUGCCUGCACCCGGAGGUCCAGACCCGCCUGCGCCGCGAGAUCCGCGAGCGCCUCCCCACCCCGGGCACGCCCGGCGACAUCACGGCCCUCGACAUCGACCACAUGCCCUACCUCAACGCCGUCUGCAACGAGGUCCUGCGCUACUACUCCCCGGUGCCCAUGACGCUGCGCGAGGCCGUCGUCGACACCGUCAUCGACGGCACCAAGGUGCCCAAGGGCACGCGCAUCAUGCUCUGCCCGUGGGCGACCAACAAGGACACGUCGCUGUGGGGCCAGGACGCCGGCCGCUUCGACCCGGAGCGGUGGCUGGCCGGCGACGGCGCCGGCGACCCCGAGAAGAAGAAGUCGGCCGCCAGCGGCGGCGCCACGAGCAACUACGCCUUCAUGACGUUCCUGCACGGCCCGCGGAGCUGCAUCGGCCAGGGCUUCGCCAAGGCCGAGUUCGCGUGCAUCCUCGCGUCCUGGGUCGGCCGCUUCGAGUUCAGCCUGCGCAACAAGGACGAGUACGACGAGAAGAACCUCGUCAUCAAGGGCGGCGUCACGGCGAGGCCGUCAAAGGGGCUGGAAGCGUACGUCAAGGUCGUGGACGGGUGGUGA